UGUGUGGCACGGUGACUUUACUUUGACCGUUAGGGUUCCCUCAUCAGUCGAUAUAGCCUCAGCUCCGGCUUGUCCUCUCGUGAGUCAUGAAUGUCCUCGGCCCGCUGUCGUUCCUCAGCCUGGUGCUGGUGCUGUCUGCACCGGGCACUUCUGCCCAGAAGCCCAAACCCUGCGAGGUGCCAGGGCUGAUGAGUGGAGAUUUCACCUUGAUGAACGACAACCAGUUCUUCAUGUCCACCGGAAAGAUGAACUACGACGCUUUCAACCAGCGCAUGUCGCUCAGCAGCUUUGACUUUAACUCCACCGUGUCCGGCAUGAUCAUGCUGUUCCAAGAGAAAGUCUAUUAUGAGAUCUCCUGGGAUGAGGGGACCUGCAAGAAGAGGCCCCUGGAUGCCACCUUCAAUCCCGUCCAGGUGCCCGCUGGUGCUCAGCUGAUGGCCCAACUGUUCAUGGGGAGCUCCUCCAGCUGGGGCAUGGGGGUGCUGGUCAACACGUGGUUCGGACUGCUGCCUCAGGGCAUGUACACCCAUGUCUUCACCGAGGUCGGCUGCAUUCCAAUUAGCUUUACCAUCGCUAACCAAGAGGGAUGGACCACCCUCAGCACCUUCAACUGGGUGAUCGGCAGCGCACAACCCAUGGAUUUCGUCCCACCCGCGUUCUGUGACGCGGCCCAGCUGGAAGUGUCCGAGAAGCCAGACACCUUCCUCACAGCCGUGAAGUCCCUCACCAAGCCGACCAAGGCAAAGAAUUAAACUCCCUCCUGGGAUUAAUAGAGGUUUAUCUCAUUUUAUCUUAAAUUCUUAUUUUGAUGAAAGUGUCUUUCUUCAAAAUCGAAUUGAAAUAAAUGGUGUACGAAAAAACCCGCUGCAAGUGUGAGAGGUUUGAUCAGUGUCCAAUCGGCGAUCUCAAUGUCACCUUCAGUGCAAUAAAUAUCGCUGACUCAGUCCUUGACGAGUGGUUCAUUGUCCUGGAGGAUGAUGUGUGAUGGAUGGACGACUGGAUGGAUUAUGUCUGAGAGGUGGACGGCGAUGGAUGGAUGGAUGGUGAAAUAAUGGGCGGGAAAUGGAUGUAGGAUUGAUUGACUGAUUCAUGAAAAGUAGUCGGAAACCGUUCUCCACUAAGAGUCCAUUUCCUCUGCAGAGAGAGGGGUGAGGGAUUGUUGGCACCCCUCCCUGUGUGUGGAUGGAGCUGGGUUAACAGCUGCUCUCAGCGUUUUACCUUCCUCCCGCACCACUGUAGUACUGACGCUUCUACAGCAGAUGGAGGCAGCAUUGCUUGAUACCAAGGGCCUGGGUUUUACUGAUAAAUAUUCGCUAACAUUUCAGCUCUCCUGCUUUUGAGCUAAUAUGUGGCAGCCUCAUGUUAAAGGAAUCUCUCUCUCUCUCUCUCUCUCUCUCUCUCUCCCCCUCUCUCUCUCUCUCUCUCUCUCUCUCUCUCUCUCUCUCUCUCUCUCUCCCCUCUCUCUCCCUCUCCCUCUCUCUCUCUCUCUCUCUCUCUCUCUCUCUCUCUCUCUCUCUCUCUCUCUCUCUCUCUCUCUCUCUCUCUCACAAACACACAAACACUCAUGAACACACACUCACUCACAGACACAACCACAUACAAACACACACACACACAUGCAACCACACAUACGCACACACACAAACACACACACACAAAUGAACUACACCCUUCAGAAAGCCAACAUCCAAAAGAAUAAUUAUUGUUGAUACCAUUUAAGAAAUAUAUAUAUAUAUAUUUGUGUGUGUGUUUGUGGAUAAAAUAUGAAUAACAAUAGGGGACAUAUUGCUUCUGAAAUGUGUCUACCAGGGGCUUCAAAGAGACCUAGUUUGCUUCUGCAUUGGUAGGUUAUGUUUCUGGUCAUCAGUCUAGUCCGGCUGUCCUUGAAAUUCAAAUAAAUUGACAAGCUAGAAGUUAUGUUAAAACAUUAAUAAAAGGAACACUUCACAUCCA